UUCAUUGUUCACCAAACUUAAAAACCCUACAAAAGUUAACCAAGCCAGUUCAUCAACUAUUUUAGAAGCAAAACAAAUACUCCGCCAUUAAAAUAACUCUUGCUCAAUAUUCGUUACAAAAAAAAUGGUGGAUUAUCCAAGCUUAAGGUUAACCACCAUGUUUGGAUUAUGGUUAGUAAUAUUAGUAUCAAAUGCCAUGUGGCAUAAGGUGGGGGCCGAUGUCGACUGUACAACGGUGACUCAGCUUUUGAACACGUGUUCGGUAUUCAUUAGCUACGGGUCGCCGGACCCACUUCCCGGGUCGUCGUGUUGUGAUGCGGUUGUGGGCCUGAGUAAUUUGGGGGACACGCUUGAAAACAGGAGGUCCUUAUGUAAGUGUAUGAUGGGCCUAAUUGCAGCUUAUAGUCCAGAUGCUACUUCCAUUGCUACUUUGCCGGGCUUUUGUGGAGUUUCUUUGGGCUUUGUCAUUGAGCCCACCAUUGAUUGCACUAACAUCCUGUGACUCAAGAUGUGAAGACUUGGAUGUAGCCUUGGUACCAAUAAAGAGCUUUAUGAGGCUUACUUACUCACAUGUACAAUCUUCAUCUCACUAACCCCUAUUCAAGAUAGUAUUUCCUUGAUGUUUGAAAAUAAAAUAGUUUUAAAGAGUAUGUGCAUAUGAAUAACGGAACUACACGAAUCCACAUACAAACUUAUUCUCGUUUAUCAUUUUUUCCCUUACAUUAGAAGAGUUACAUAUACAUUUUUCAAAUAAACAAUAGCAGUUAAAUAACAAACAACCUCUGUUUGAAAUAUACAAAGAGAUAAUAUGUAUACAUGACUAAUAAGUUAAUCUUAGACGGUCACCAAAAAUCUCUCAUUCAAAAUAUGUUACAAUUACUCUAUAGUCCAUAGUCCACAAUAUGGAGUUAAAAAACAGGUGUAAUUGUAAAAACUUUUAUUUUUACCCUUUAAAGAGUAAAAGAUGUGUAAUUGUUGGGUUGGAGAGAAAGUAAAAAAAAAGUGGGCCCAAAAUGCAAAAAGCUGCAAGUAUAUUUCAAGUGGUGGGCUGAUUGAGUGUGAGGGGCAUAAUUGGGUUCAGGUUUCGAGUUGUAGCCGUGUGACUCUUUUAUUUGUACCACCCAUUUGUACGGGAAUUAGAGGAUUACCAACCAACGACAUCUUUUGUUUCUUUGCGAUUUGCCUCACAUCUUUAUACUCUAGUACUCUAUUCCUUCCCUUAAAUCACGAUUUACGACUAUUAAUUUGUUAUUAUACGUGUCUAGCUAAUUAAAUUUUGGAGUUUCAAUUAAAUUAAGUAUAAGACAAGUACCAAGGUUAAUUAAAUGAUAUUACUCCCUUCAUUCAUAAAUCAGUGUGAUUGGUUUUUUGGUAUGUGUUAAUGUCGUAAACUACGAUCAUAGGUCUACAUUAGAACUAUUAAUAAACUAAUGUAUGUAG